AUGUCAGAAUCUGAGUUAUUGCAAAUGAAGGAAGAUGACACAAUAGACGAGUUCACUGCAAAGAUCAAUAGUAUUGUUACACGGGCAAACGAGUACGGAAGGACGUUGAAUCAAUCCACUCUGGUACGAAAACUUCUAAACGCCGUGCCAGAUAGGUUUAUUCAAAUAGUUGAAUCGAUCGAGCAAUACUCCGAUCUAGACACAAUGACGCUAGAGGAAGCUAUUGGUAGAUUAAAAACGUAUGAAGAAAGGUUAAAGUUGAAGAAAAAGGAAAGCCCCGUGAACAAUCUAGAAGAACCCUUGUAUGUGGGUCAUGGACAACAUGUUGGAAAUCGUGGACGAGGGAGAUGCAGUUUGUCACGAGGUCGAGGGAGAAGCAAUUAUCAACAUAGGGGUGAAGGACACACCGCUUACGAGUCGGAAAGAACCGACAAACCACAAAGGGAUGAUAACAAGCAAGAGACACCGACUAUGAGAGAUAAGUCGAAAAUCACUUGCUACAGAUGUGCGAAACUUGGGCACUAUGCCUACGAAUGCCCAACCAAGAAAACCAAAGAAAGUGAGACACUCUUGGUUGAAAUGGAAGAUGAUGAUGAUGAACCGGCACUUCUGAUGUGCCUACACAUUGAAGAGAAGUAG